AUGGCAAUGACCUACGAUACCCUCACCCAGCCUCAAACCCAAGAGCCCACGCCCAUAGCCUUUGCCAAGGUCGGAUCCCCCAUGGCCAUCGUCGACGGUGUCGCCUUCUCCGGCGGGGACGAGUGGACAAACUACGGUGGUAACCAGACCGUCCAGACUGAACGUCUCUUCUACCCCAAAACCCUCGAGGACCUCAAGGUGAUCGUCCGCGAAGCCCGCAACAAUAACAAGAAGGUCCGCUGUGUCGGUUCUGGCCACUCUUGGUCGGCCACCGCUGUCACGCCCGAUUACAUGGUCUCUGUAAAUGGGAUGGACAAGAUCCAUAAGCCGGUCCGAGCCCAGGAUGGCAGUGGGUGGACGGUGACCUUGGAGACUGGAGUGUUGGUGUCGCAGUUGGAUACCUUUUUGAGGGCGCAUAACCCCCCACUGGCCGUGCCCUCCCAGGUCGUUCCUGAUGUCGCGCACAGCAGUGAAUUUCACUCUAACCGCUCAUUGUUCUCUUCACGUUUCAAUGAUCUUUCUCAGGUCCGUUUUGGGGGUAUCCUCACCAUGGGCUGCCACGGCGGAGGCUUGAACUUGAGAACAUUGUCGGACACGAUCACCGAAAUGAAGAUUGUCAAUGCCCACGGCGAACUCGUCACCUACUCCGCUGCUAAGGACCCCGAAGCCUUCAACGUCGCCUGCCUCAACCUGGGACUCCUCGGCAUCAUCUACACCGCGACCAUCAAGGUCGAGGAAAUGAAUACCCGUCUCCGCGUCACAGAUUCCUUCCCCACCCUCGCUUCCCUCUUCCAGUCUCCCCAAGCUGGUUUGAACCUCAAGGCCCUAAUCCUGGGAAACGACUCGACAGAGUUCUUCCACUGGCCCUUCCAGCGCUUUAUGCAACCUGAUCAGAACAAGAACAUCUGGGUCAAGGAAUCGAAGAGGACCACUGAGCCCGCUGAGGAUCUGAAGAAGUAUGAGGGUUUGCCACCAAUGGUCGAUAACCCGUUCUUUUCGACGUUCCAGACGGGUUCAAGGAUCAUGGAGAUCCCUGACGCAUUGCACUUCCCGAUUGGUGAUGGUGUUACGACUGUUGUUGAUGCCGGUUGCGCGAUCAAGGUCGAUUCUGACUUCAAGAACAUCUGUGAGACCAUUACCGAGCUCAUCGAGAAGAACUGGGAGUUCGCGACAAGCAUGCCGGAGCGUAAAGACACAGCGAUUGAGUUCCGCUUCAUCAAGGCCUCGGACAAGAUCCUGUCGCCCGCCUACGACAAAGACCCCGAAACCAUUUUCUGCAUGAUCAGCAUCCUGGCUGUCUCGGGCACCCCUGACUUUGAAGAGUACUCUGCCAGCAUUAUCGCCAACUGGAUCGGCAAGUACAACGCCAAACCCCAUUGGCCAAAGAUGUGGGAAAAAGUCGACGGUAUUAUCCCAUACCUCCAGCGCGAAUACGGCGACCGCAUCACACGCUUCAACCGCGUCCGCAAGUCCCAGGAUCCCGCCGACAUGUUCGUCAACGAUACCUGGAGGCCUCUCUUCCAGGAGAACGAAUACUAA